AUGGGCCAGCACUUCCAUCGACCUCUACAGCUCCACAUGACCAGCGUAAAGAACGAGAAGAUGGACAUAUCACCUUUCGCCUGCAGCGUUCGACUUGAAGUGCCGGGGCCAGCGGCGGCACAAUGGCGCAAAAAACGCACGCAGCGCCAUUCAAACCGCCCGAUAAAUGAAAACACAAUAAUAAUUCUGUCCGAACGGCCGCGGAGCGACGACGGAACUGGAACGGACGCGGCGCUUUGCGCUUCUGGAGUGUCCUCGUCGCGGAUUAAAAAAAUGGACUCGAACGACGCAACCAGAGAUCGAUUUAAACCUGUCGGCGAAACGGCAGAUUGGCGAAGUUACAUAGUUGGGCAAAGGUUCUUCUGCACAGAGUACUCAAAGCGGGUCUGCAAAUUUCACAAAUCUCUGAAUUUACAAUCAUCUUUUGUUACGCAGAUUUUCAUGACGUUUCCCUUAAUCGCCGAGCACGAAAAUCGGGAUUUAUCAAUCGGGAUUCAUCGGGAUUCGGAGCCAGGUGGUCGAGCGUGUGGAGUUACAGUCGAGCGCCCGGUCACUAAGUUACGCCGCGCCGUUCUGUUAGAGGCCUCCAUAUACCCCGAACACUUGCGUCGGGAGGCGACGUCCCGGCCAUCGGCACCGGUGGCCUUUUUGCCCGGCGAAAAAGUUCUAUUUGUCGGCAUCGCGGCGGUGCCGGCGUGGAAAUAUUACAGCUCUGAUCUGUAUAAUGGGUUGGGUGUGGGCGGGGCGGGGUCUGCUGGUGUCGGGGGCGACGCCAUUGGCGGUAGAGAGAGGCAGGGGGGGCGCAGAGUUGUGCUAAGGCCGACGGAGGGCACCCCUCGUCACAGUUGGCUCGGACCGCGCUGUGUGCGCAUCGCGUCAGUGCCCGCGAAGACGUUUAUA